GGCCGUGGGCUGGCGGCAAGCCAAUAAUUGACUCUGGAGCAGGAUACAGAGGAUAGUAUGGCCAUGACGGGAGGGACUGCAGCUGCCCUUCCCAUGAGCAACCACACCCGUGAGAGGGUUACUGUGGCCAAGCUGACACUGGAAAACUUCUACAGCACUCUGCUCACACAGCACGAGGAGCGAGAAAUGAGGCAGAAAAAGCUUGAGAAGGCCAUGGAAGAAGACGGUUUACCAGAUGAGGAGAAAGUAAUGCGGCGUUCACAGCAUGCUCGUAAGGAGACUGAGUUUUUGCGACUGAAGAGGACACGUCUUGGCUUGGAUGAUUUUGAGUCCUUAAAAGUUAUUGGACGAGGCGCUUUUGGAGAGGUGCGUUUGGUGCAGAAAAAAGACACUGGGCACAUUUAUGCCAUGAAGAUUUUGAGAAAAGCAGACAUGCUGGAAAAGGAACAGGUUGCUCAUAUCCGGGCAGAGAGGGAUAUUCUGGUGGAGGCCGAUGGUGCUUGGGUGGUCAAGAUGUUCUAUAGCUUCCAGGACAAGAGGAACCUCUAUCUUAUCAUGGAGUUUCUGCCUGGAGGUGACAUGAUGACCCUGCUGAUGAAGAAGGACACCCUGUCUGAAGAGGCCACCCAGUUCUACAUCGCAGAGACAGUGCUGGCCAUCGACUCCAUCCACCAGCUGGGCUUCAUUCACAGAGACAUCAAACCAGACAACCUGCUGCUGGACCGGGGACAUGUGAAGUUAUCAGAUUUUGGCCUGUGUACAGGACUGAAGAAGGCUCAUCGCACAGAAUUUUACAGGAACCUGACACACAACCCACCUAGUGAUUUCUCCUUUCAAAAUAUGAACUCCAAGAGGAAAGCAGAAACAUGGAAGAAGAACCGGAGGCAAUUGGCAUAUUCCACUGUGGGAACACCAGAUUACAUUGCUCCUGAAGUCUUUAUGCAGACGGGAUACAACAAGCUCUGUGACUGGUGGUCCCUGGGUGUCAUCAUGUAUGAAAUGCUCAUUGGUUAUCCGCCCUUCUGCUCUGAGACACCACAGGAGACAUACAGGAAGGUGAUGAACUGGAAAGAAACCCUCGUAUUCCCACCUGAAGUCCCUAUCUCAGAGAGAGCCAAAGACCUGAUAUUAAGGUAUUGCACUGAUGCUGAGAACAGGAUUGGAGCUGUGAGUGUGGAGGAGAUCAAAUGCCAUCAGUUCUUUGAGUUGGUGGACUGGGAGCACAUCAGGGAGCGACCAGCAGCUAUCUCUAUUGAAAUCAAAAGCAUUGAUGACACCUCCAAUUUUGAUGACUUCCCUGAAUCAGACAUCCUACAGCCAGCCAAUGCAACGGAACCAGACUUCAAGUCAAAGGACUGGGUGUUCCUGAACUACACAUACAAACGCUUUGAGGGUCUGACUCAGCGAGGCACCAUCCCCACAUACAUGAAGGCAGGGAAGGCCUGACGCACUCAAAUAGGGAGACAGAGCUGUGGAGAAGAAAACCGACAUUUACGGACACAGGGUCAGGCCCUAGAGCCCUGCUGGUGCUGAAGGCUGUGCUAUCAGCCUCUUGGUCUAAAUUUAACCCUCAUCACAACUUAUUUAGGUUUUCUCAGCCACCACAAGAAUGCUAAGAGCUCAGAAAAUAAGGAGCAUUACCACAUUACCUCAGUUGUUUAUAUCGUAUAUAUGUGCUGUCUAUAGCCAUAGCCCUCAGGCCAGCUCACUAAUGAGGACACUAAAUCAGCAUAUCUGCAUGUUCAGCAGCAUAUUGCUUCUGGGGAAGAUUUUCUUACUGCUUAAAGGAAAAGGUGGGACACUGGUGGCUAAACUAGAUCUGACAUAUAAAUUUGUGAAAAUGAAGAUGAAGUCAAACUCUGGAUUACUAGUAAGAACAAGAAACCUUUACUUGCUCUUAGUUUUGCUCUGUUCAUGGAUUUAAAGGAAAGUUCCAGUAUGAUUUUUUUUUGUGUGUGUGUGUUUUUGCUUCUGCUUCACUUCACAAAUUAAUCCUACUAAAAAUAUAGUAGGUGUGAAAAUUUUAUAUGAAAUGCAUCUUGUUGCAUCUUUUCUGCUGGCUUGACUUGCAAGCUCAACAUCAGCUAUUCUUUAUGUCAAAAGAGACAACUGGAGAAAAUAUUACUGUUUAGUUUUUUUCUUUAAGAUAGCAGAACCCAACUGAAAGCUAAAUUGGCAAUUGGUGGUAGGAAUGUUUAGAAUGUGUAGGAUCAAUUGUUGGUAUACAUGUUUGGCUUAUAGAGGCAUUUUUAGCCAUGCUAGUGGUGUGGCUGGUAGUGGAUUGCCAUGAAAUUUGGUGCAGAUAUUUAUGUCGCCCUUAGAAUGAAUUGUAAUAACUUGAUGAUCCUCAUCAUAUCAUACCACAUCUGCUAAACAUUAGCAUUGUUAUCAUUACCAUUGUAUGUAUGUUAGCAUGCUGAUGUUGGUAUGUAGCUCAAAGCACAACUGGGCUCCACACAGCUUGCCAGCAUGGCCGCAGACUCUUGGGUUAUAAAGACAUGUAGCAAUUCAUUUCUAUAAAAGUGACUUGGAACUAGUCUGAUAGUAAUAUAAUUAUUAUAUUUACCUCUUAUUUGUAAAGAUAGAUAAGGUUGAAUUGUGUAGUUGUUUUUUGUGCUAGUUAGAACUGAUUGUACCUAAAAAAAAAAAAAA